AGAAGGUAAUGAAUAGGAACUAGCAAACAUAGUUGUACCAAUUACAAAUUCUUGUUUGCAAAUUUACUAGCAAAAGAGAGAUAUUGAGAGAUAUCAGUGAUCAUUCUUGUUUGGGAAUUACUCUUAGCAUUCUACAGAUUUCAGAAAUGGAGGUAGUUGGUGGAGCAUUUCUCUCUUCAGCUUUGAAUGUUCUCUUUGAUAGGCUUGCUCCUCAGGGUGAGCUGCUCAACAUGUUUCGGAAGCAUAAGGAUCAUGCUCGGCUCUUAAAGAAGCUGAAAAUGACUUUGCGUGGUCUUCAGAUUGUGCUAAGUGAUGCAGAGAAUAAGCAGGCAUCAAAUCCAUCUGUGAGAGACUGGCUUAAUGAGCUUCGAGUUGCUGUGGACUCUGCUGAAAACUUAAUAGAAGAAGUCAAUUAUGAAGCGUUGAGGCUUAAGGUGGAAGGUCAGCAUCAAAAUCUUGCAGAAACAAGCAAUUACCAGCAAGUAAGUGACCUUAACCUUGGCUUGAGUGAUGAUUUUUUCCUUAUCAUAAAGGAGAAGAUGGAAGAUACUAUUGAAACAUUGAAGGAUUUGCAAGAGCAAAUUGGUGACCUUGGAUUAAAGGAGCAUUUUGGUUCGACUAAACAAGAAACUAGAACACCUUCAACUUCUUUGGUUGAUGAUUCUGAUAUCUUUGGUAGGCAGAAUGAAAUAGUGGAUUUGAUUGACCGUUUAUUGUCUGAAGAUGCAAGUGGAGGAAACCUGACUGUAGUUCCUAUUGUUGGAAUGGGCGGCGCGGGCAGGGGUAGAAGAAGAGCUAGGGGUAGAGGCAGUGGAAGAGUAGCACCUACUGGAAAUAGAGCUCAUGUUGAGAAUGCUCAUGUGAAUGAGAACCCUCCUGCACAUCAUGAAGAGAUUGAAGAGGAGAAUGUUGAUGCUGAUGAUGUAGGACAAGCGGAAGAGGUGCAGGCUAAGACUACCGAUGUUCCCCCCAUAGACCCAGUAAGUUUUAAUGAGGUGACAGACUAUGUUAAGAAAGUGAAGGGGGUGAGGCGAGACGGUCAAGCUAAGGCAUGGGCAAAAAAGGCCACGGGUAACUUUUAA